AUGACACCAUUACACUUCAGCUAUCACUCCGCCUUUAUUAUUAGCAUUAUAGGCCUCUCAUUACACCGAACCCACUUAAUCUCAACUCUACUAUGUCUAGAAAGCAUAAUAUUAUCCCUAUUCAUUGCUCUAGCAAUAUGACCCACCCAAUUACAAACCCCAUCACUUAUAAUCACCCCAAUACUAAUACUAUCCUUCUCAGCCUGUGAAGCUGGCAUAGGCCUAUCUUUAUUAGUAGCAUCCUCACGAACCCAUGGUUCAGACCAACUACAAAACCUAAACCUUUUACAAUGCUAA